CCUCCUCCUUCUUCUUCUUUUUAUUUUUUCUUUUCAUCCGUCUUUUCCUUCUUCUUCGUAUUCUACUUCGGUACCACAGCAAUGACCCAGAUCACAGUCCGCCCCACCACUCCCGACGACACAAGCAAAUGGCCAAAGGGGGACCACUGGUCCAACGACCGGGGUACGAAAUUCCAUAAUCCCUGGGAAUCGUAUGCCUAUCCCGUCAGUUCUCGCUCUUCAUCCUAUGCCAUGUGCCAGUAUGAGAAGUGACUCGAUAAAAGAAAAGAGUAAAACAGCUGACAUGUGUUUUUGACGUGAUGGAAAAGAGUUUCUGGUCAUUGAUGAAAGCAGCAUAUGCCGUAAGAUCGCCCUCUUGCUUUGUCCCCCUUGGACACUUUGACAAUUCAACUGACUAUAAGGCGAUGGACGCUACUUUGUAGAUGAUGUCUACCAAAGACCCCACCCGCGCCCAGGCCAAGACGCUCAUCCCACACAUAACUAACCCGGAUUUCGGCAAGUCGCUCAACGAGUAUGGGAAGGAGGGAGAGUUGAAAGCGACGUGGUUGGGGCACGCUUCGGUGCUUGUCGAGUUUCCGACUGUCCCCUCAAGCUCCUCUGGUCCCACUGGUCUGAUGAGUACGAGUACGGCUGGUGCUCAAAGUGUGCAAGGGGGAGGCAAAAGAGGUGUGAGGGUACUAUUUGACCCGGUGCUGGGGGAAGGUAUGGCUUUUUGGGGACUGGGUCCGAAACGUGAGAGCUCAAACCCAUGCAAAAUCCCCUCCCUCCCCCAGAUCGACAUCAUAGCCAUCUCGCACAACCACUACGACCACCUCGACCUGCCCACCCUCUCCUCCGUCUUCGCUUCGCAAAAGGAAACGUAUGGCUCGGAGCCGGUGCUGUUUUUGCCGUUGAAUAAUCGGCAUGUGGUGUCGGGGUUGGGGUUGGGUGGCGGGAAGGAGGGGGGAGGUGGAGGGAGGGGAGAGGGGAAGGUUAUAGAGCUGGAUUGGUGGGAGGGGAGGAGGGUUGUUGUUGAUGGUGUUGGGGAGGUGGAGAUGACUUGUACCCCAUGCCAACACACCUCCGCUCGGUAUCCCUGGGACAGGGACAAGUCGCUGUGGUCUUCUUGGGUCGCAAAGGAUGUCGGGCCUGGGGUGACGAAUCCUACUUCCGUAUUCUUCGGCGGCGACACCGGCUACUGCGCCCUCCACUCCCACCCCAACCCCUUCCACCUGCCCCCACCGCCCUCCCUCCCUUACUGCCCCGCCUUCAAAGACAUCGGCGAUAAACUCGGCCCGUUUACGCUCGGUUUGAUCCCUAUAGGGGCGUAUUUCCCGACAGAAAGUAUGUCGGGGAUGCAUGUUUCGCCCGGGGAUAGUGUAAAAAUAUUCCAAGAUACCAAAUGUAAACAAGCCCUAGGCAUCCACUGGGGUACAUUCCGCAUGACGCCCGAACGCUUUACCGAACCCCCCGAGAUGCUCGCCGCUGCCGUCCGCGAGGCAGGGUUGGAUGAUGGCGUUUUUGGAGUGUGUGGGAUUGGGGAGACGAGGGGGUAUAGCUAA